AUGGCAAUUUAUCCUAAUCCAGCAGUAGCUCGACAGGCUUUUAAUAAUGCCCCCGGAACGACAGCCCGUAUAGCUUAUGAUAAUGCACCUUAUUCUUACGAUAUAACUGCUCUUUUGAAAAGCCAAGCCCAAUUUAUUCAUGAUUUUCAAGGAACGGCUCCUUCUGCCUUAAGCAAUACGCAAAUACUUGCUUAUCAAGGAAGAGGUGGAGAAAUUCCUACUUAUACUAACCAUGGACAAACUACUAACAAUUUUAAUCCCACUGAAGUAUCUAGAACUCAUUUAGAAAAUAGCCAUAAUUAUCUUGCAUUUAUUGAGAGCACUACAAACUCGGCAAAUGAAAGGGCUUAUGACCUCAUAUUAGCUGGACUUCAAACUCCAAAUAUUGGAGGGUUAGAACUUUCUAAUCUCAAUGUAGGCAUAAAUAGUUUAGAUUACACUGAUUUUCCAGCAGAAACUCCUCCUUUCUCCCCCUCUCCUUCCCAACCUCCUUCAACUCCCCAGCCAGUUUCUCCUUCCUCUCCUCCUCCUAUUUCCACCGACAACGCCGAAGAAAUAAUCCAAGCAGCCAAAAAGAUUCAAGACGAAACCAAAGCUUCCUUAGAAGAAAUCAAAAAAGCUACCGAGAAUUUAAAUAACUAUCUCACAAGUUCGCAAGCAAGAGAAAAAGAAAUCUGGGAGCAAGAAAAAGAAUUAUUAGUCAAUUUAACGGUUAAAUUAAUUGAAAAGACCGAAGAUCUCCAAGUAGCCAAAGAAAAAGCGCUCGAAUUUAUUAAUAAAUAUGCCGAAAAACAAAAUUCAACUAAUUGA